UGUCUCGGCCCUCAGGAGAACCCAGGGCAAGGGGCUGGCGUUGCCACACAUUUUCCAGUACGUUGCCUGUUAGUAGCUGUGGUGAGUAACUCCUCAGCUCACUGGUUACUCAGCUAGUGAGGGAAGGGAGUUAUUUCUAGACUCCGCUGUGUGUGUAAGCCAAGAGAGCCCGUCAGGAUUGCCUGCAUUUGAGAAGCACAGUGAGGCUGAAUGCACACAGGAGUGGCUGUGGAGACAGACGUUAGUGACUUUCGGUUUUAACACCAGAACUUCUGGACCUGCUGUCUCCAGCACAUCUCCCUGCCGCUCUUCCUUCCCCACCCACCUCCUUGCCAGUAGCCCCAAGGAAAGGUUUGGCAGCAGCCAUCAUGGUCGGAGGGAUGGCGGUGAGGACCUGGAUUGAGCCCGUGGUAGCUGGCGCCCAGGUAGCCAGCUCCUUUUACGACACAGGGCUGCUGCUAGUGGUGAAGAACUACUACAACCGGACCAGCUCGACCUCCCCAGCGCACAUGCUUGAGGAUCUACAGCAGAAAGCUGUCUCUGACUUCUUCAUCAUCUACAACUUGGUUCUGGGCCUGAGCCCCUUGUUGACGGCCUAUGGCCUGGCAAAGCUUGGUGACAAGAAGAACAGGAAGCUCACCAUUUUCUUACCUCUCCUCGGCUAUCUGGUCUCUAGGUCCCUCCUGCUCCUCUUAAUCCUGCUGGAGUGGCCUAUUGAGGUGAUGUAUGGGGCGGCGGCCUUAAACGGUCUGACGGGAGGUUUUACCACCUACUGGGCUGGCGUCAUGGCUCUGGGGUCUCUGGGCUCCUCUGAGCACAGGAGGUCUCUGCGGCUAAUUGUUAUCGAGCUGACCUAUGGGAUGGCGGGCUUCUUGGGAAGUAUAGUGUCUGGGCACAUCUUUGUUCAUUCCCACAUAAGUUAUCGACAGGGCACCGUGCUAGUGGCCUGCAGCAUUGCCUGCUAUGCCUUCUGCUUCCUCUACAGCUUCUUUGUUCUGAAAGUCCCUAUGCCUGAAGGCACCUGCCCAGCUUCCCCAGCUCACAGCAAACCCAAGGACAUAGAUCAGCCUGACAGUCAACUACCAGAGGAUGAAAGAACUGCAGGGAAUUCAGGCUCUUGUGAGGACGAGGGGCGGGGCCCCCUGGCACCAUCAAAACUCAUCAUUGCAAUGCUUUUCUGUGGGGCAGUCUUGUAUGAUCUAGCAGUUGUGGGAGCCAUGGACGUGCUCCCGCUGUUUUUGCUUAAGAAACCUUUGAGCUGGGGCCCAGUGGAGAUUGGCUAUGGCAAUGCUGCUGGCUACAUGAUCUUUAUUACCAGUUUCCUGGGGGUUUUUGUGUUCUCCAAGUAUUUAAGGGACACGACUAUGAUCAUCAUUGGGAUACUGUCCUUCAGCAUUGGCAUUCUCAUCAUGGCCUUUGUGCGACAGACAUUCCUGUUCUACAUUGCUCGGGCCAUAAUGCUGUUUGCUCUCAUCCCCUUACCAAUCAUCAGAUCUCUGUUAUCCAAACAUGUACAAGGAUCAUCCUAUGGUAAGGUGUUUGUCUUGCUGCAGCUGUCUUUAGUGAUCACGGGGGUUGCUACAUCCACAGCCUACAACAAGAUCUAUCAACACAUACUGGACUGGUUUAGUGGAUUCUGUUUCAUUUUGUCAUGUGUCGCUGGCUGCCUAAGCAUCAUCCCCAUCAGCAUUGUGGCCUACAAGCAACACUCACGAUCUGGGUCCCUUGAAAUCCUCGCAGAAUGAUGGCAUGCCGUUGCAAGUUUUAGCUCUGGGAGUUAUUGCAGGUUAGAGCACCUUACUGUACUAGAGCACUGAUGAUGGAAGACAGCUCUUUGGGUCUACCAUGCUAGUUUUAGUCACUAUGGAUUUAGGCUAAAACAAACAUGUUGACUUAGGUGACAGCAGACAGGUAUCCAUGCCACAGACUGCUCUCAUGGGUAGCCAAUAGGCGGAGGCCAAUAAGCAUAUCACCUCCCUCACCCAAGGUGAGAGGUACUUGCAUUGCUGCUUCUGGGGUACAGAAGUAAUAGACAAUCUUUGCUGGAGUCAGGCCAGCAGCAUUUGAUUUCAAAUUUAUGCCAGUGGCAGGGAUGACACCAUCUUGGCUGCUAGUCCAAAAAAACAAAAAACAAAAAAAAAAACACUUUAGUGGGGCAACAACAUUUGGAUCAAGAGCUCUUUCUGGCCAUAGAAUAAGGGCUGUAGAUACAACCCCCUGCUGAGAUAAACACCUCCAUUCAGCAGCACUGCCUGGAGGAAUUUAUGGACAGGCAAGAGGGAGGGAAGACUUGCUACCAGUCAGUCCUGGAAGGGAGGAUUAGGUUUGUCAGAAUACAUAACCCUAAAAACAGUUUACAUAAGCCUAAAAAUUUCCCUUACCCUCCCCUUGCAGAUUAAAUUGGAGGGUGGUGAAGGCACAGAAAGAAGCAGGAUAUAAAAAGGGGCAAGCUCCUUUAUAGAAGGAAGCCCCUUUUCAGAGUGAUGCCGACCUGAGGGGAAGAUACAGCGCUUGAUCCUUUGUUUUGUCACUCUAGAGAUGAUUGCAAGCUUUUCAGGGCAUGAACUGUCUUACUUGUAGAACAGCCUACCCCUUCUCUUCCCGCCCCCCCCCCCGUACUGUAAACCAAUUGAUCAGCUUGAGAAACCACAACACUUUUCAUAAGCUGGAUCAUAGUCAGAUCAUCAGGAACAGGGUUCUGCACCUGCAGUGAAGUGGGAGCAGAGCUCAUGCAUGACAUCUUUUAGAGCAUACUGUAAGUACAAUUAGUAGUGGAUGCAAAAUUGAAGUUGUUACUUCAUCAGCAGCCACUGACUAUUAAUAGUGUUAAACUAUUUCUGAAAGGCAUGAGGACCCCAGAAAUCCCCAUAUAUAGCAAUUAAAUUCACCAUGUGUAAAUACAUUGUAAAUCAAUGCAUCAAUAAAGAAUUACUGAACAGGUAUAUGUGCUAAAUGCUUUGGAACAGUGCUGUUGGAGAGAGCAUCUAACACCAGGCCCACCAAACCACCCAUGCAGUCUAAGGGGGAUGGGGAGGGGUACUAUUCAAAGUGACCCUGCCAUGAAGCAGUGAGACCAUCAUGAGGAAGUUGUGUGAACUAGAUCCUAGAAAGCCCCAGCAACAUGAGGAUUAAGAUUCAGCACCUUGUGUAAACAGAGUAGCAAGUACAUUUGCUUUAAAUAUGAUGUCCUGCUGUUUACUUUAUUUGAACUAUGCUGAGACCCCUUAACUGUGUCCUCAUAAGGAAAGGUUGGUUAUGCAGUCAAGAUGCUGGACUAGGUUGUAGGAGCUCUAGGGUCAAGUGCUGGCUCUGUGUGACCUUGCACAAAAUCACUCCCCUACAGAGAGAGCAUCUCAUUCUCCCCAUUUUAUAAAUGGAAAACCAAGGCACAGUGAUAUUGCAAGGAUAAAAUGUGUAAGCGAGGUGCUCGCAGUCUGGUGAGGGGUACUACAAGGAAGUAGAUGUAAACAACUGAGUAUACAUUUGUAUAGCAUAGGUGAAAUCUCACCCCUGCCUGGGAAGAGGGAGUAUUAAAAGUUUCACCACCAUAGAGAAAGUCAGGGCAGUAAACAGUUGAGCAAAAGUACGUACAAGUGCAUGCAUCAUACUGUAGAUGUGGUAAAGACUACACAAAAUGAAACUAUUAGGUAAAGAAAUCAUCCUUUAAUACAUUUAUUGGUCCAUUCCUUUAAAUUAAUUGAGGUAAAGAAACAGUGUCUUUAAAAAAAAUGUACACACUAAUAAUCAAGCAUUACAAAUAGUUUACCUCAAAGUGUUUUUAUCAAUACUAGUUCCAUAGUAACAAUGCACAGAGUAUGUUUAUACAGAGCUAAAUGAAAAACAGAAACAUGCCAGCACCCGAAAUCAAAGACAUUUUAUAUCCUGUGAGUUUAACGAGAAAAGCAAAACAAUGUUAAAUUUGGUUGAGUAUAGGAAACAAAAAACCUCUCCAAUCUGUACAUCAUCCACUAGCUAAUUCACACACAAGGACAAGUCUUCACAACUUUCAUUUUGGUUUAUCUGGUGAGGGAGGUGAUGUGAGGGUGACCAGAGUACGAAAAAAAAAAAAAAAAAAAGUGUCUGUAAGCUGAUUUUACAAAAAGUCAAAAAUACAGUACACUGUUUGGGCACCUAGGCAGCAACAUUUACAUUCAUGGUGUCAUGCGCUGAGCAACAAAAGGGAUGAAUUCCUAAAAAUGUGCUGGCAGAAGUUAAAUUUCAUGGCAACAUCGACUUGCCUCAUGGCAUAAACUCCCCUGAAAGUUAAAGGGAGCCAUGAGUGCAGGCACAUAGGAAGUAGAAUGAACAGGACAACAUUGUCCAAUCUCCACCCACAAAAGAGAUGAAAUACUAUAGAUCGUUCACGGUUGCGUAACAAAACCCAGCAUCACCUAGUUGUAUGCUGUGUGGGUGAGGGCCUCAAAUCCUGCAAUCUGUGUAGGUAGAACCUUGUCUCUAUUUACCCAAGUGUCUCACUGUACCACUGAAUGUAGGAUUAGGGCUUAGCUAUCCAGGUCCAGGACGACACAAGCAUGCUAGAUUUUUAUAUUUUUUGGUGUUAUAGUUUGAGUUAUUCAAAAGGCUACGAUUUUGAUAAGCACUUUCUGCCUUAACCCCAAAUUAAUACUGUUAAUUGUGAAUAUUUCUAUAUAUCAAAUACCUCCUGCCAAGACUGUAGUGUCUAGCAGGUAUUUAUCAAUAAUGAUCUAUUAUUCCUUCCAACCAAUUUUUUUUCUUAAAAGUAACAAAAAUACAUUUAAAAUAUCAAUUUAUUUAAACCUUCAUAUAUCCCAAAAAGAUCAAAGUAUUCUGGAGGUGCCCAGGUUCACAUCAUCAUAAACGUAUUUGGCAAAUACUAGUAAUUUUUCUCCUAAAAAAACAAAAAAAAAACAAACACGAACAAAAAACCCCAGUUAUUUCCCUUCUUGAAUGACCUUCAAUUGUUUAUAGUAAAAAAAAAAAAAAAAAAGCUGGUUAAAACCAAAAAGGAAGAAGACUGUCUCCCUACCUUGUAGCGUUUAAGGCAGCUGAACAUCAAACAGCUUGUUAAAUAAAACUCCGAAUUUGUGCCCACAGCUCUGCGCACACAAAACACUGGGUCAAAAGCACCACGCAUUGAAGACAAAGUUUCCAUUUAUAGUCUGAAGCACAUUUUCUUUUAAUUUUGGAUCAUUUCUUGAGUUUAAUGGGUAAAUUGGAUUAAGGCCCCAAUCUUGCAAACAUACACAAAUAGCCCCACUGAAUUGAACGAAACCCUUCACACAUGUAAGUAUUUGCAGAACCAAGGCCUAAACAAGUAUGUAAGUGUGGACAGGCUAUGCAAAAUCACCACCACAAAGCUCCCUCGACAACACCACCAGUUCUACCUAUAGACUCUCCCUAGGUCAAGGCCUUCCAUUUAUGCCAAUGUGCUGCAGUGCUUUAGUGAUGCAGACAAAGGUUUGCGAUGGAGGCCCUCAAGUUGCACUUGGCACUGAAGCCAUAUUCCCAGAGGUGAAAGGCCAGUGCAUUAACUCAUUGAUGGAUAAACUGCACAUUCACACAACCUAAACCCUUGCUGAGCUUUUCCUAGUUUUCUCUCUUUCCACCUCUUUUCCUCCCUCUAUCAACCACCACAUUUUUUGAUAACCUACCAAAAUGACUGUGUCAAGGAACUUAAGUAUAAACAUACCACAAUUUAUCCUCUGGUAACUACCAGUAGUUAAGGAAAGACCUGACAGCUUUAUGAAAUGGAGCAGACCUGGAGAAUUCAUUUUAAAUGAUUACUUGAGAAGGCCAUUAUUUGUUUUCUUAAGUCUUCCAAGUUUAUUGCAUAAGUAAAAUCCUGAUGAGAGAAUAUUAUAUGUAGAUAGAUAUAUAAAGAUCGGAGCUAAACAGUGCUUGCCUGGAUGUGCUGGUGCCAUUUCAAGAGUUACAACUUUCCAAAUUGCACACCUAUCAGAAGUUAUGGAGAGACAGCAAGAAAUUGCACAUGCCUUGGAUCAGUGUGCACCACAGGGCAGCUGCGGAGCAAGAUUUGUUAAAAGGAAACAAGACACUUUAAAGCUGUAGAUGGGCCCACACCACAAAGUUCAGCUCCGUGGAGUGCAUAUCCGCUGUUUGGGUUGAUCAGCGUUGAUAUGAUAUCAAAUUGAUAUCACUCAAUUUUUGAGCCAGAUCAAUCUGUGUACACAGAAAAAAGCCCACGGAGAUAUACUGAAAGGUACUUAAACAACUAUUAAAGGAAAAAAAAUACAGUGAAACCAAGUUAUUCUUUCAAUGGAUUUCUGCUCAGUAUUUGUGAAGGGCUUGCUUUUCUACAGUCACAAAAAUUAGUGAGACUAUUUAUACACUGCCAAACUUGGGCCCUAAUAGAUAGCCACACACAGAUCAUGAACUGCAAUAGAUUUUUAAACCUGCAUUUCAAGGGGCAGGAUCUGAUGCAGCAUGAACAGGAACAAGUCAGUUGUGACAACUGAAUUCAGCCCUGAAAACACUUGUCAUUUUGUAAGUCAGUUGGUCUCUUCUGUGCUUCUAACAUGCUACACAAAAUCUUCUGUUCAGACUACGAAACAAUACCUGGCUCAGCAUCAUUUUCACACAGCAGUUCAUAUUGUGAGGAUUCAUUAAGACAGACCCAACCACAGGCUAGCUGUGUCCAAGAGGAAACCAUCACACAAUAUCCUACUCGUAUGACUUGCAAUUACAGGUAAGAACUCCUUUUCCAACACGUUUCAAAAGCUUGCUUCCAAUUUAAACCGUGAUUUAUGUUAUUUAGCAUAGCAGCAGGCAGCGUCUGCUUCACACUAGAGCAACAUCCAACCUGGAACAUGAUCUAGGGCCUAUACCCUCUGAUCUGUGACCCAAACUUGCAGUCCACAUAUCUUCCCCCUUAAAGGGUUCCAGAUACAUGUGUACUUACAGUGAAUCCUUCCGAGCCAUUCCUAGCCAUUGGCUAGUUGUCGAGGAAGGGCCAGCAUUCUAAUGGCUUAGCCGCAAAAGGUGUUUGCUUGACAACAAACAAGGACUGAAGUCACUUCAUUCACUUGAUUAGUAAUUUAAAAAUCAACUGGCUCCAGAGACUGUGCAGCAGAACGUUAAUAUUAAAUGUAAAUAUUAGGUAAAACAUUAGGUGUCUGUUGCCGGACACCCCACCACGUUUGCAGUAGGUGAAAUUGUUACCAUACUUAAAUGCCUUAAGUGAAGCUAUAAAAGCUCCCCUGCUACCCACUACAAUCCUUACCUGAUGUUGCAAUGUUCUUUGCAAAUAGAACCUUGUACAAUAUGUAUUUUCUGAGAAAUGGCAAAUUUACUUAAAGAACCAAGACCCUGGAACUACAAGCUGAUGACUGGUCUUCAGUUUUCUAACUAAGCCUGGAGGGCAAAAGGCAUGAACAUGGGAACUCAGAAGAAGGGG